AUGGUGUUUAAUGAGUGGAAACCUGUGGUUGCAAUGCUGGGAGUUUAUUUUGCUUUUGCAGUUGUUAAUGUAGCUAUGAAGAAGGUACUAACUGAGGGUAUGAGCAAUUUGCUAAUUGUCACUUACAGGCAAUCCAUCUCCCUUAUUUUCUUGGUCCCCAUUGCCUAUUUCCGGGAGAGGAAAUACUGGAGGAAUAUCACAGCUGUCAUAUUGUGUGGUCUAUUUUGCAAUGCACUAGUAGGGGUCACACUUACUCAAUAUGUCUUCCUCACUGGACUCAAAUAUACAUCAGCAACAUAUUCUACUGCUUUCAGCAAUAUGAUCCCUGUAUUUACAUUUGUUUUGGCACUGCUGCUUCGGCAGGAGAAAUUGGACAUGAAAAAGAAAAGUGGAAGGGUUAAGGUGUUAGGCACACUUAUCUGUGUUGGAGGAGCUUUAGUUCUGAUACUAUACAAAGGAAGGAUUGUAUUGAAUGCUCCUAAAUCACCACCUAUUUUGCUUGAGAAAGCAAAGAAUGGGAGGAUAAAUUGGGCUAGCAUAAUUGGUUCCACAUUUCCACCUAUAGGUAAUUUUUUGUGGGCUUCAUGGUUUGUGAUGCAAGCUCGGAUUGGCAACAUGUACCCCUAUCAAUAUUCUAGCACGGCCAUGUUUUCCUUCUUCAGCGCCAUCCAGUCAGGCAUUCUGUGUCUUGUCAUUGACAGACACAUUUCAUGGGCUCUCAAAGGAUCAAUUCAGAUAUCGAGUCUCAUAUUCGCGGGAAUUGUGGGAUCAGGUCUAGGCUAUGUGGGAAUGUCAUGGUGUGUGAAAGAAAGAGGACCUGUUUUUACAUCAGCAUUUAGCCCUCUCAUACAAGUUUUUGUGAUCAUCUUUGAUGCCUCCUUGCUUCAUGAACAGAUAGGCCUCGGAAGCAUUCUGGGAUCCAUUUUGGUUGUUAUUGGAAUGUAUACUCUUCUGUGGGGAAAAGGCAAUGAAAUAGACCUUCACAAGAAUGUUCCGCCAGCAAAUCAAGAAAAAGAUGGAGAUUGCGAUCGCACCUUGCCAGUCACUGCACCAACUGCUGUCAGCCCAACAAAUUCUGUGCCAGUCACUACACCAACUGCUGUCAGCUCAACAAAUUCUCAUUUACCAGAGGCGAUGGACAAAAGGGAUUGUGUUGAUCAAUGGAAACCAGUGGCUGCAAUGUUUGGCGUUUGUUUUGCUUUGGCUAUUGUUAACAUAUGUCUCAAGAAAGCUCUGAAUCAGGGAAUGAGCCAUUUGCUCAUCGUCACUUACAGGCAGUCCAUCUCCACCAUUUUCUUGGCCCCCCUUGCCCAUUUCUGGGAAAGGAAAUGCUGGAACAAUCUCACAGGUGGCAUAUUAUGUGGUCUUUUUUUCGGUGGACUACUUGGGGCCACGCUUACUCAAUAUUUCUUCCUUGUCGGGCUUAAAAAUACAUCAGCAACAUACACUUGUGCUUUCAUUAAUAUGGCGCCAGUUUUUACAUUCAUCCUGGCCCUGCCACUUAGGCAGGAAAAAGUUAACUUGAAAAACACGAGUGGAAGAGCAAAGGUGUUGGGCACACUAAUUUGUGUUGGAGGAGCCUUAGUUCUAAUUCUGUACAAAGGAAUGCCAGUGAUUAACGCGCCUAAAUCAUCCCCUGUAAUGCUCCAGAAAGCCAAGCAUGACACAGCAAAAUGGGUUAUUGGUUCGAUAAUUCUUGCUUUGGGUGGCAUUCUAUGGGCUUCAUGGUUUCUAAUUCAAGCUAGGAUUGGAAAGUAUUACCCUUAUCAGUAUUCUAGCACAGCCAUGCUGUCUUUCUGCAGUGCUGUCCAAUCAGCCAUCUUAUGUGCUAUCAUCGAAAGACCGAAUUCUUGGACCCUCAAAGGACCAUUACAGAUUUCUAGUAUCAUUUACGCUGGAGUUGUAGGAUCAGGUCUGUGCUAUGUAUGCAUGUCAUGGUGCGUCAAACAACGGGGACCUGUUUUCACUGCAGCAUUUAGCCCUUUCAUACAAAUUUUUGCUGCUAUCUUCGAUGUCUCAUUACUUCAUGAACAGAUAAAUCUUGGAAGCAUUCUGGGAUCCAUUCUUGUUGUCGUUGGUAUGUAUGUACUCCUGUGGGGAAAAAGCAAGGAAGUAGACCUUGAGCUUGAUAACAGGAAUGUUCAAGAAAAAGUUGGAGAUACCAACCACGCCUUGUCAGUCACUACGCCGAUAGAUGCCGGAUCAACAACUUCUGCAUAACUAAAGUCUUAUAUUGAAGCUCCUCUGCAUCUUUCAAGAAUUGUAAGGUUUCUCAUGAAAUAUUUACCCCCCAAAAAAAAAAAUCCCAGUAACUGACAACAUUUGGUAAACAGACAGUAUAUUUCGGUAUUUUCCAUCAAAGGAGGAAAUCUACGUGGAUACAAAAGAUUUCUUGAUCAGAAACCAAGAUUCAAGGUUCAGAAAUCACAAGAAGAAAUAAAGAAACAAUAAUGAUUUUUUCACCAUCGUGUUUUUUUUUUCUUUUUUUGGGCACGACUAUAGCCGCCAAGGAAUUAUCUGCGUUGUUGACCAUAGAUUGCCUUUGAUACUUUGCAUCUGUUGUAUGCAUGUAAUAGAUUGUCUAAAAAGAAUAUAGCUUUUGU